GUCUCAUCAGCUCAACUUUUUCGUAAGCGACAUUUUCGAUUCAGCGGCAUAUAAGUCUGGGCGUCUAGUGAUUAGCAUUUAGUUGAAUUUUGAUUGCCAAGGGACUGGUGUCUUCAACUCAUUCGGAAAUGCAUUUCUUCAUUGUGUCGUGCCUCCUAGGCCUUGCAACGGCAAUGCCCCAAGGAUACAACUACCAGGCCCAGCAGUCGCCCGCGCAAAUUGGACAACUGCAGCUGCCUUCCAUUCCACAGUUUGCCAGCUUUGCGGAGCAGUCGCUUCUGCAACAAGCGCUUCAGGCUCCAAAUGUGCAGCAGGUCUUGUCAGGAGGAGAGGGCACCACGUCUUACUCAGCGUCAAUCCAGCAAAACCAGGCUUCUGUUUACCAACAGCAGCCGACGCAGCUUGUCGGAAAUGUGGCAAACAAUGCGCUGCCCCAGUCAUAUCAGCCGCAGCCCCAGCCGCAGCAGCAGCACCUCGUUUCUAAGGACAUCUAUGUACAUGUGCCACCAGCAGAAGAGCCGGAGGACCGGUAUCCUCAGCCUGUCCUUCCGCCGGCACCCCCGCGCAAGCAUUACCGCAUCGUGUUCAUCAAGGCACCCACACCCAGUGUCACCAAGGCGGCUCUGCGCAUUAAGCAGGCUCCUGUGGAGGAGAAGACCAUUAUCUACGUGCUGACCAAGAAACCAGACCCGCUGGACCUCCAGACGGCCAUAGAGGAAAGCGCGCCCAAGCAGCCCAGCAAGCCUGAGGUCUUCUUCAUAAGGUACAAGACCCAGGAGGAAGCUGCGCAUGCGCAACGCACCAUUCAAGCUCAAUAUGACCAACUUGGAGGCACCUCACAGGUUUCCGACGAGGGCGUCGCACCUGUUACGUCCGUGAUUGGCGUUCUGGACAAUCAGGGCACCAGUGGAGUAUCUUCCGGAAAGUUCACGGGUGCCUUGGUGAACAACUACUUGCCCACCAAUCUGCGUACUUAGACGGAAACACCAAGAAAAGAACUGCCCUAUUUUUAAGAACUUAACACUUGUACAUACUUGUAUUUAGAUAAAUAAAAUUGAUCAUUGGCAGCCUUCCGAUGAUAAUAUAAAA